AUGGGUAAAGUUCACGGAUCUCUUGCCCGUGCCGGCAAGGUCAAGUCUCAGACUCCUAAAGUUGAGCCUCAGGAGAAGGCCAAGACCCCCAAGGGUCGUGCUCUUAAGCGCCACAAGUACACCCGACGAUUUGUCAACGUCACCCUGACCGGUGGCAAGCGGAAGAUGAACCCUAACCCCGGCUCUUAA